AUUGAUAUUUCCGGUGUUGAAAAGGACAAGUUACAGACGAAAUGUUUACGUUAUUCUGGUGGGAUCAAGGAAAACAGUCUUAUCUUGUACUGACAACCAUUGUCAUUCUCCGAAUCUAUCAUUCAUUACGUAUAGAAAAGCUUGACUUCUCGUAUAAAUCUUAGAACCUGUUUCCCUCUCAGAAAGAACUCUUAAACGUUUCCCUCACGUGGAAAAACCACAAACUAUUUAUGAAAACAUUACAUCAUAUGCAAGUUUAACUACAUGUGAAAAAAAUAAGGAUACAUUUUCAGUUUCAUACUCAUAGUAGAAAAUCUCCCUUUUUCUUCCUCAUGGAACCACACAGACAUCGAAGCUUACUGAGCAGUUCUAGAUUGCAUGUAACUUGAUGUAAAGACAGUGAAAUAUUUGGUUGCUAUUAAGAAGAAUGGAGAAUGAGAAUCACAGGUCUUCGUCAGAACUUGGUUUAUCUCAGCCAUUGGGAUUUCAGGAUUUCGAUUUGCAAGAAAAUCAUAUAUGGUGUGAUCAGUGUAAAAGUCUUAAACAGGAAUUAAAAAAAUUGCAAGAUGAACAUGCCUUGAAUUACAGCACUCUUAAAAAGAAGAUUAUAUCUACAGAUUUGCUGAUAAAGAAGUACAAGUCUAAGUGUGAUGAUUAUGAUGUUCAAACUAAGAGACAUGAAGAUUUCUUCAAGAAAUAUGAAGACCUACAAAGGGAAUCAGAAACUUUAAAUACACAACUAGGAUCUACUCUUCAACAACUGGAACCAUUGAGAAAGGCCAAGACCAUCCUAGAGGCUGACAAUAAACAGAAACUUCAAGAAGUACAAUCCUUGAGAGAUCGACUGGCUGGCUUAGAGUUGACACUGCGGCAGUAUGAAGAAAUGAGUAGAGAGACAACCACAUAUAAAGACAGAUACGAUGUAUUAAAGAAAGAAAACCAGAAGAAAAUGCAGAACUUGGAAACAAUAAACCAGAAAAAUGAAGCGCUGCUAACUAAAGUGAGAGAUGAAAACAAGAAUUUACGGUCAGAUGGUUCAAAUCAGUUGAGAAAACAAAGAAAAUUGGAAGAGAAAAUGAAAAGGCUUGCUGAUAGAGUGGAAAGAUACUGGGGGAUACUUAGACAAAAUGGAUUGUUACCAAAGGGAGAAAAGAAACUUCUUACAGAUUAUGGAGAUUUCUCAGUGUCACAAGAUGAAGAAGAAAAUGCAAAUGAGGAAAAUGAAGAAGAAGAGGAAGAAGAAGAAGCAUCUAAUGAGAGUAAUAAAUUUCCGUGGAUUUUCAGUCCUUUGGUUCAGGCCUUGUCACCAUUACCUCCAUCACCAAUGCCUUGUAGGAUGAACAAGCCUAUGAUAGGUAAUAUGGAAAGUGACGAAGAAAACAUUGAUGAUAUGGCAAAUAUAUUGGAAUCUGAACUUUUAAGGUCAUCACCUGUUCGGCAAACAUCAAGGUCACAGUCCUUACUGAGGAAAGUUCAAACACUAUCACCAUUGGUGGAAAUUAAACAAAAACCAAAAAAUAAAGUUUCAAAUAUUAGUAAAAAUGACAGUAAAAAAGAAUUACUCAAAUCAAACUCUUUUAUAAAGAUGAAUGAAGGUGAAGUUGAAAGUUUAUCGGAUUCCGAUUCUGAAAAUGUGAUAUCUAAUGAAAUGGAUGUAAACUUGACUGGAAAACAAUCACACGACAACUUAGUGUUAUCAUUGGAUAGUUUAGAGAAACCUAAUGAAAAAGGUGACAAUUUAGAAAAAGUAUUAGAAAGUGAGAAGACAAGAAGUGAAAAAUCUGAUAGCAAAGUUGAACUGAGUGAACAUUCUGCAUUUAAGAAAUUCAACCCUAAAACAAUAAUAGAUAUGCCUAUAAAAUCUAAAGCAGUAAAACAAACUGAACCUGUUCAAAAAGCAGCUUGCUUAGAAGUUUAUCCUAAUGAAUUCAUACCAGUCAAACCUUCAGAGGACAAAUGUGUUGACAAAAUAAGUAAAAACAAGCCCUCUUUGAAUACAUCUCGUAAAAUUGAAUUUGCUGAGAAACCAGCUGGUGAUGGAUUGAAAACAAAGAAUGCAAAUAAAUUAGCAGAUAAAAUGAAUAAAAGUGAUACAAACCAGAGGACUGAUACAGGUUUUAUUGACAAUAAUAGUUUAAAAAAGAAGAAAGAUUCUGGUGAUUAUGGAUUUGAUUUAGAUGACCUAGUUUAUGACAAUUGUAAUUUGGAAGAUAAUGCAACCAGAGAGUUUUGUGAAACUCCAAAUUUGGAUGAUCUCCCUUUGGUAAAGAAAAAGGAUGAAAAUAUUUUACAUCAGCAAGAAAAACCUCUAUGCAAAUCAGAUGACAGUCAACAGCGAUCUCAAUCAGAAAAUACUCAAAAAGAUUCUUUACACAUAAAGUGUGCUAAGGAUGAAAAUAGAAUACAAACUUCUGAAAAAUUGACUAGGAAUAUGAUCAGACAGGAAAGUGGUGGUUUUGCAUUGAAAUCACAAUCUUCUUUAGAAAGUGAGAAUUUGUAUUCAAAAUCUUCAAGUAGUCAAGUUAUACAAAAUGAAUUAUCGAGAACUGGUGAUCUUUAUUCUAAUGAGAACUUGGAUGCAGUUGUGAAAAAAAAAGUUGAUAUCGAAAAAGAUAAAAACCUCAAAACAAAGGAUGAAAUGACUGUAAAUAAAAUAGUACAGAAAGAAAGUGCAGCUAAACAUUCAGAUAGAAAAAUAUCUCACCAGGAUAGCUUAGGAUUUAAAGUUGAUAUCAUUGACAAUCAUGUGGAUAAUUCGGAUUGUAAUUUAAAUACUGAAUUGAGAACAGCACAUGCUGGUCUGGAGGGGGUUAAUGUCAGUGAACCAAAUGUUGAAAAGGAAAUAGUUUCCUCUGUUAUUUGUGAAAAGAAUAAAAAGAGUGAAAAUGACAUAUUAAAAGAAAAAUAUUUAAAAUUUAUUGAAUCAAGAAGAUCUAGUCAGGAUAGUAUUGCAGUUACAGAAAGAAUUUCUGCCGAUAUUGAACUGAAAAUGUCUUCUAAGGGAGAUAAUAAAAAUGGUGAUAAAAACAGUGAGAGAGAUAAUUAUCAAACAAAUUCAAGUGAGAAAAGUAAAAUUAAAGAUUUGAAGGAAGACUUACCUCCAGCAAAAGUUAAGAAAAAAAAUAAGGAUAAGAAGAAAGUUAUAGAAAAAAACAAAAACAAUGAUAUUGGACAGAUUUGUAAUUCUGCAAGUGAAUCUAGUCAAGUAAACAUUCCAACAAAGACUCUUCAUCAGUUAGUUCUUCAUGGAUUAAAUACUAAAACUGUUCCUUCCUCAACAGUGAUAUCACCAGAUAUACAUGAUGUUUGUUUUAAGAUCGAGAGUCGACCGAAGUCUUUACAUUCCCCGUUACCACUUUCACCAUUAACUGUUUCACCAUUUGAUUUUACCAUUCCAAUGAUGAUUUCACCACUACCUCCAUCACCAGCUCGACAAAGUGAACCAGUUUCACCGCUUCCUGGUUCCCCGUGGAUAGAGGAUGAUGUCUCUGAAACUCAUUCAAACAGGAGUACACCAGCCAAUGUUCCAAAGAAAAGAACAAAGAGUCGGCCAUGUAGCUUCUCAUCCAGUGUGCCAACACAUGCCAUACAUGUUAAACCUAUCAGUGCCUGUAAUACAGCGUCUACUAGCACUGACCAGACCAGCAGUGCCAAGAAACCAGUGCCUGCUGAGAGGGAUCCAUUAACUUUAAACAGAAAGCAAAGAAUUAGCAGAGUUCCAAAACAAGGAGCAGCGCUAAAGCGAAAAAGUUUAGAACCUAUAGCAAGUGAAAUCCAAGAAAAGAAAAAGUGUACGAAAGAAAAGAAAUCUGAAACCCAAGAGGAGAAGGUUGUCUUAAAGCAGGAAACAGGGUAUUGGAAAGAUGUUGAGAUAUACCUACAGCAGUAUAUAUGUUUGUACCACAUGACCCCAGAGGAUAUCAAGGUCAAGUUACUUACAGACAAAGAUCCUGCUGCUGUAUUGCCCGCUGUUAUACUAUGGACAACUCAGUAUUUGAGAAGUAGUGAGGAGGAGAUGUUAAACACUAUGUAUAGAUCUUGUCAAAAUAAAGAGGAAACCAAACCAGGACCAUUCCUCACUACACAGGAGACAAGACUGGUAGAUCUAGUUGUUUACAUAAUACACAACAACAUAUGGGUUGAGUUUAAGACGAGAUUGUUAGAUGCUUUGUGGAAUUGUAUCAUGCUGAGAGAUGUGGUAACCAUUCUAGGAAGAACAGCACUUUGUCGAAUGUUCACAGGAAUAUGCCAGAAAGAAGGAAAUGUUGACUUUGUCAGAGUACUGUUUUACCGUAUAGUAACCAGUGGUUACCCAAGGUAUAUAACCCUUGGUUUGUCAAUAAUAGGAGUUUGGCCUGAAGUCUUGUACAAAACUAAUACAGAUCCAAGUAUUUUGCUAACAACAUUUGAAUUUUGCAUUAUGAAAAUUUUACUAACAGAUAAAGAAAAACAUGAAAAGGUGAUUGUGUGUUACUCUACAUUGUGUAAUUGGUCCAAACCACAAAACAUGGAGGCUCCUGCAGUGAUGAGGAUAUUGUUACAAGAGUUACUGAAAAUUACUAAACAAGAUGAGACUGACAGUGUUAUUUCUGACCAACAAUUUGAGGUUUACAAAAGUUUGGAAUUGUUGCUGUUAACAGAGGACUCAGAAUUCUACAAGAACAGUUUUACUCCAAUUUGUUUGAAUCAGUUUUUCCAAAAAAUAAAGGGAAAAGCUAAUUUGAAUGGAGGAUUUCCUCUAAUGUACAUUAAAAGUAUUGUCAGUAUUGCUGCUACUAUAUUGGGAAGAAAAAUGGAUCCUAAAUUUGCAGCAAAAAAUACUAGAAAAUUUAUGCUUGGUCUGUUGUUAUCGGCAACAGUUUCCGUGGAAGCAAAAGAACUUAUUGGCAACGCUUUGUUGGAUGUUGCCUUUAUAGCUCCUAUGCCUAUUUUUACUCAGUUAAAGGAAUGGUUUCAGAAAGACCAGAAAAGCAUAUCUUCUCAACUGAAACAACGUAUUGAACAUACUAGAACUAUGUUGACAUCAUAUGAAGGGAAAUUAUCUUCCUUUUCAUUUAGAUGAUGUCCCCGAUCUCUUUCUUUUUACCAUUAUGCAUUUUUUAGAUUUAUAACAGUAUUACAAUUUUCUUAAAUUUGUUGUCUUGAUAUGAAGUGGAUUUAGACAAAAAAAUAUUUGUUGUAUUUUAUUAUUGAAUUCACGUAUGCAUUUAAAUCGUUAACCAUAUUUAUUAAUCGUUUCAUAUAAUAUAGGAAUCAGUCGUGGCAAAUUUUCAUGUUCUAUGUUUAAUUAGCAUCUAACAUUUCAGAACGAAGGAUCACAAUAUUUUUAGAUUACUAUUGUUGAAGCCAAGACUUCUAAUGAAGAAAAAAUAAUUACGGAUAAUGUAAUUAUUUCACUGUGUACAAAACCAUCUUUAACUUCUUAUAUUAUAUUUUCAAUAUACAAUUAAAUAAACUUGGAGGUCUUUCAUAACUGCAUUUCCUGGAAAAAGGAUAUAAAAAAGAAGAAGCAAAAUUAAAAACCAAUCUACUUUGAUGUUCAUUUUUUUACCAUUUUGUAGGGAUUCCUGUAAAAGUGUAGAAAAUAUUAUGAAUUAUGAAGUCUUUUUGUUAAAUCUAUUAAUUUAGAAGAUUUAACAGAGAUGUGGAUACCAUAUAUUGGCAGCUAGGCAAACAAAAAAUCC